AUGGCUUCCUCGAAGAAGCUAGAGGAGCUCAGAGAAGCUGCAAGGGCAGCUGGUCUCUCUGCUUCAGAAGAAAAGUUUGUUUGUUUCGACUGGAGUGCCAGUCAAGAGUGGCAGGAGUACCUCGCUAGCCUCUACCCGACUCCCCCUCUGAAUAAGCUGCUCAAGUGGAAGAAGAAAUUCUACAAGACUCAUCAGGAUUCUUCUUUCGACGUGAACAACACAACAGUAGAUGAGGUACUUAGUGGUGCCAGUACCGCUGCCUCUGCUCCGCGAAGCAGCAGUAGCAGCAGCUACAGCGGCUACAGCAGCUACAGCAGCGGAGGCGCCUCCUUCGGGCGGCCUGUCGGCUCUCCUCCUUCUGCUGGAGUGUUGCGGGUUUUGUCGCCUCUGACGUUCGGCUGCCUCCUGGCAGGAAUGUUCAAAACUGCCUUAGCUGCAGCCACCGCCCAAAGAGGCCCCGGUGCUUCGUUGCUGUUAACUGGCAGUCUGCUGCUGCGGCUGUACUGCUGCUUCGGGCUGCCGCCCGUCAGGCUGUGGCCGUUGUCGCGUAUUGGGGAAUCCUUGGCGAACGAGGGCUUUGCCUACUUUCAGGUGAAUAGGAAUGCACCAACAGAUUCUCACAACUAUAGCAGCAUGGCAUUUGAUAUGCAAUAA